GUGGCGGAGGAAGAGGACCUGCUGCUCCUCUCUGCUCCCACGACCUAGUGUUAGUGUGUGUUAAUGGUCGCCGUACUCGCGUGUGCUAGGUACUCCACUACACCUGCCCUUCAGUCUCCUCAAUCAACGGAGGCAACCAUAUCGCAGAGACGAACCCAGGCUUACCAACACAAGGGGUAACUCCAGGCUUACCAACACAAGGGGCGACUCUAGGCCUACCAACACAAGGGGCGACUCUAGGCCUACCAACACAAGGGGCGACUCUAGGCCUACCAACACAAGGGGUGAUUACAGGCCUACCAACCCUUACAUCAGUUGUGCAGUAGAAUGUAUAAGAGAAGACAGACUCCCAGCGGUACCAACCGUAAUGUAAAUACUGAAAGGCCCCACAACCUUGAAGGUCCCCAGGCAUACCAACCUUAAGGAAGAGUUCUAGACUUACCAAGGAAAUAAGCAGACUCAGGACUACCAAUCACAGGGAGAGAUUGAAGGAUCAGGCCUACCAAUACCAGAUAUAUUAAUAAAUUCCCAGACUACCAAUAUUAAUGUCUAGAAAAUCAUCAGUUUCGUCCACUAUCAAAUGAAAAUACCUAAAAUAAUAGUGAAUAAAAAUAACUUACAUAGAGAUAAAAGAUAUUAACAAACUGAGUUGAAAAUCUCCGGUAAAGAAAGAAAACGUAAACAAACAGAGCUACAACAGAAAACGGGAUACACACCCCACUGAGGAGACACGACUGGACGGACACUGGGCAGACUGAGCAUCACUCCCUGUUAAUACCACAUAAUAAUAAAAAUCUUCUUGUGAUUAAAUAUUGAUAACAAGUGUAAUGUAAACAACUGUAAUUAGUGACGUAAGCUUAUGAGCGAUAUUAGAAAUUACUGAAAGGAAGUUUGACCUAAAUUAGACAUGAUAAAUAAAAUGAAGUCAAAAACAGCACUUGAAAGUUAACAUGAAACUAAGAUAUUCUUGUGAUUGUGGGCGUGUGUGUGGUGGUGAGGGAAGUAGAAGAGAGAUUGUGAUGAGGCGUAGUGGUGUGCAGUGGGCGUGGAGGGUGAUAAAGACUGUAAUGAUGAUGAUGGUGAUAAUGGUGUUUGGCCCGUGUGUGUCAUCAGCCUUGGCCAGGAAGGAAAGUACCAGUCCACUCAAGUACCAGAUUCACAGCAAGUGUCCCAUGGCGUUUCAUGAGGUCGGUGGCAGCUGUUACUUCUACGGCUAUUUUCCUCUCAACUGGUUCCGUGCGGCUGAGUUCUGUCACUCCUUCGGCAGCGGCGUGUCCUUGGCCACCAUAGAAACGCUGCAGGAGAACUAUUUCAUCAAGAAGUGGCUGGCUGUCAAUGGUCAUCACAACACCGGCGUUUGGGUUGGAGGCUCCGACAACGGCCAUAGUGGAAAGUGGGCGUGGUUCCCUACAGGUCAGCUGGUGUCGUACAGUAACUGGGGCCCAUCUCAGCCUAGCGGGGGAGACCAGCACUGCAUGUACCUGGUGGGCGGGCUCCUCGGGUACCAGUGGGCAGACUUCCAUUGUGAGUUCGACAUGCACUUCCUCUGUGAACACGGGGUCAAUACAGUCGAGCCCUGGCGGUAACCCUGGGCGGUGAACCUUGACCCUUAGAGUUGGAUGGUUUGCUGUGUGAGUCGGAUGGAUGGUGUUCACUCCGUCGUGUUCUGUCGGAUGGAUGGUGUUUUCUCCGUCGUGUUGUCGGAUGGGUGGUGUUUACUCCGUCGUGUUCUGUCGGAUGGAUGGUAUUUCAGACGAACGAUUCGCCAUACAAACUUGGACGAUUUUAAUCAACUGACAGUCUCUUGCAUAUCUCGGGGACCAGGCGGGGUGACAGUACUCCAGACGGGGUGACAGUACUUCAAAUCAGGGAAGCACCUCACUUUUGAAGAGCAAUAUUGGGAACGGACCGUCUAGGUAUCUGAACGACUUUCUUAUAAGACUCACAAGUUU